AGAGCGUCUCGAGCCAACAGCAGCAUCAUAGCCGAGUGAAGAUGGCGGCUCAGAGAGUGAUGCUGUCAACGAGAGUUUGAGUUCACCUCUCAUUUUUAAACUUAUGAAACCUUUGCGGAUCCUUUACGGAUAGCUGUAUCAAAGAAAGCUAUAUCGGUUGCUGCUCCUGACCAUUUGACAAUGGAAACUCUCGUUCUUCCAGAGCCUCUUCAUUUCACAGCCCACACUAUACCUCUGUCAUUGUGAGAAAUUCAGUCUCAGUGUUAUUUACUUGGCAGUCAAUGGGACAGUCACAAGCCUCCCGGUUUUCAUCCAAAAUAUCUUAAAUUGUGUUCCGAGGACGAACGAAGCUUUUACGUGUUUGGAACGACAUGGGGAGCAUGUGUCUAUAUCUCCUGAGAAUGAUCAGGUGCAGGGAGCUCUGAGAGAGAGGAGCUCUGUAGAGUCAGUGUAGAAACGCUGGACUCAGCCUUGUGUAACUCUUCUCUGCUGUGCUGAUUGGCUACAUACCGCACAGGUCUUUGGCUCUGCUGAUAAACUCUCUUCAGUAAGGUGUCUGAACACACGCUGAGAUUCACACACUUCCACCCAGGACAAAUCAACUAAUGCACUGACCGAUUUAUCAAGACCAGCUGCAGCUGCAAGAAGCUCUGACUCAUCCUGCCUAAUGGUGAAUGUGCCGUCCAUGCUGGGCCUCUACAGGGGGCAAUGUUCACCAUCCCGCCCCAGUGGUGAACACCCUCAGAGCAUCCACUGCUGAGGCCAGUGGGGCAAGUGAAGCACAGGCCUUGAAGCACUCCAGUAAAUCCCAAAGAGCCCUUUGCACUGAGAAGCACAUGCUUAUUUGAAAGCUCGGCGCACAGCAACGUAAAAGUCGGCAGCAAAACAGCUGAUCCUCUGUCGAGUGGUGGUGGAGGAGGAGUGUCAAGAGUGAUCAAGAAACCCAAUCCUCUUAUCCCAGGCCCAAGACGCCAACCGAGAGCGAGUGCACUCAGGGAACGCGUGGUGGGGGUGAAAGAGCUGACUGACCUCAUUGGAGGACUGUGGCUAGAGGCAGCAAUCAAAGCGGAGACACACGUCAUGGGCUAUGGGGGCCAUGGUGACCUAGCAUAAAUGGCUACUCCUGACCCAAAGCUUGUGCCGGUGUCUGCUGCUCAACCCUUUUCCUUUUUCCUUCUCUUUUCCUCUCUGUUGUCCUCCUCUUGCUCUGAACACUGCGACGGUCCGGCUCUCACCCUCCCCUCUGCCCCCCUCUCUUCCCAGGUCCCGCGUUUGCGCUGUGGCCAUGGGGCUGUGGAAGUUAGUGCGGGGUGUAAGGCAACUCGAGCUCCACCGCCUUAUCCUGGUGCUCAUCAUCUUUUGCCUGCUCUCUAUGGCUUUCCUGGCCUACUAUGUCAGCAACAGCCCUAAAAUAAAGGAGGCGCCCCCUUUGCCCUUUAGUGACUGUGGUGGGGUUGUUGCGGCCGCACCAGGAGGGCAACGGGCUCCUCUUUUCCUGCCCCCUUUCACAGGCCGGCAGAGGACGGUUAAAGCAGUGGAUAACUCUCGAACAGAGCCUGUGGUGCUGGUCUUCGUGGAAAGCAUUUACUCUCAGCUCGGACAAGAGAUUGUGGCUAUCCUUGAGUCCAGUCGCUUUCGAUACCACACUGAGAUUGCACCCAGCAAGGGGGACAUGCCUACACUGAUGGAGCGUGACAUCGGCCGUUAUGCCCUGGUCAUUUAUGAGAACAUUCUCAAGUACGUCAACUUGGAUGCUUGGAACCGUGACCUGCUGGAUAAAUAUUGUGCUGAAUUUGGUGUAGGCAUCAUCGGCUUCUUCAAAGCCAACGAGAACUCGCUGCUUAGUGCCCAGCUGAAGGGCUUCCCGCUGUUCCUGCACUCUAACCUGGGCCUACGGGACUACCACAUCAACCCUGCCGCCCCAUUACUGUACAUCACCAAACCCAAUGAGGUAGAGCAGGGCCCGCUCCCCGGCGAUGACUGGACGGUCUUUCAGUCUAACCAUAGCACCUAUGAGCCCGUGCUCCUGGCUGCCACAAAAUCCUCAGAAGCACUGGCCCAUUUGGGCCCCCAUCGAGCCCUUCAUGCCACUGUAAUUCAGGACCUUGGCCUUCACGACGGCAUUCAAAGGGUGCUGUUCGGCAACAAUCUGUCGUUUUGGCUGCACAAGUUGAUUUUUGUGGAUGCCAUAGCGUAUCUGACAGGGAAAAGACUCUGCCUGUCCUUGGAGAGGCAUCUGCUAGUUGACGUGGAUGAUAUAUUUGUGGGAAAGGAGGGUACACGUAUGAAGGUGACAGAUGUGAAGGCUUUGCUCAACACACAGAAUAAACUGCGGACGCUAGUUCCCAACUUCACCUUCAAUCUUGGAUUCUCCGGGAAGUUCUACUAUGCAGGUACAGAGGAGGAGGAUGAAGGCGACGACAUGCUGUUGCAGCACCGGCAUGAGUUUUGGUGGUUUCCUCACAUGUGGAGUCACAUGCAGCCGCACCUUUUCCACAAUGUCAGUGUGCUGGCGGAGCAGAUGAGACUCAACAUGCAGUUUGCACAGGAGCAUGGUAUUCCUACAGACAUGGGGUAUGCUGUGGCCCCCCACCAUUCAGGGGUGUAUCCUGUACACAGCCAGCUGUACGAGGCCUGGAAGAGCGUAUGGGGGAUCACAGUGACCAGCACAGAAGAAUAUCCACACCUGAGACCGGCACGCCAUCGUAGGGGCUUUAUACAUCGUGGCAUAAAGGUGUUGCCCAGGCAGACAUGUGGCCUUUUUACUCACACCAUCUUCUAUAAUGAGUACCCUGGAGGCUCUCGUGAGCUGGACAAGAGCAUACGUGGAGGAGAACUCUUCCUCACCGUCCUCCUAAACCCUAUCAGCAUCUUCAUGACUCACCUGUCUAACUACGGAAACGAUCGGCUCGGCCUAUACACCUUUGAGUCUCUGGUGAAGUUUGUGCAGUGCUGGACCAACCUACGGCUACAGACUCUACCUCCUAUGGAACUAGCUGAGAAAUACUUCCAGAUCUUUCCAGAAGAGAUGGACCCCCUAUGGCAGAAUCCCUGUCAUGACAAGAGGCAUAAAGACAUCUGGUCCAAAGAAAAGACCUGUGAUAGGCUGCCCAAGUUUCUGGUUGUUGGCCCACAGAAAACAGGUACCUCAGCUUUGCACUCCUUCCUGACCCUUCACCCUGCCAUCACCAGCAACUUCCCCAGUCCAGUCACCUUUGAGGAGAUCCAGUUCUUUAACGGGCCGAAUUACCACAACGGCAUUGACUGGUACAUGGACUUCUUUCCCUUCCCCUCGAACGUCAGCACAGACUUCAUGUUUGAGAAAAGUGCCAACUACUUUGAUACAGAGGUGGUUCCAAAGAGGGCUGCCGCCUUACUGCCCAGAGCCAAGAUCAUAGCAUUGCUUAUCAACCCAGUAGACAGAGCCUACUCUUGGUAUCAGCAUCAGCGAGCACACCAGGACCCUGCUGCCAUUAACCAUACCUUCCACGAGGUUGUAACAGCAGGUCCGUCUGCAUCUAAAGAGCUGUUGACCCUUCAGAGCCGCAGCCUUAAGCCUGGGACUUACGCCACACAUCUAGAGCGCUGGCUUGUGCACUACCAGGCCAGACAGCUCCAUAUUGUAGACGGUGCCCUGCUUCGAUCUAACCCGGCCCUGGUGAUGGACAGCAUCCAGCGGUUCCUGGGGGUCACACCCAUCUUCAACUACACCCAGGCUCUCGUCUUUGAUGAGGGUAAAGGAUUCUGGUGUCAGAGGUUGGAAGGUGGGCGUCCUAAGUGUCUGGGGAAGAGUAAAGGCAGAAAAUAUCCAGAAAUGGCCCCUGAGACACGUGCCUUUCUGACGGAGUACUACAGGGAGCAUAACCUGGAACUGUUACGGCUGCUGAAUCGGCUGGGUCUGGCGUUACCCACCUGGCUCAGAGAAGAGCUCCAGAGCACCAGCUGGAGCUGAGACGACGUCACUUGCACCUCCAGUAUCAGAACGCCUAAAAACCGUGUCCGCUCACUACAGAGGUACCAAAACCACUCGGUUCAAAACUAUAGUAGCAGAUGAAAUGACUGACGGCUUUGAGUGGACUGCAAACUUCAGCCUCUCUCUGCUGCCAAGGUGCUCACUGUCUGAGAUGUUGAAGACGAGGGAAUGCUGGGAAAUGUAGUCCCUCCUCUUACCUAUGACAGACCUGCCUGUCAGGACCAGAACACACUACCAGUGUGGACAAGCAUGAAUUUAUUUGUGACUUAAGUGUGUUAAUACACACUAGUACUCGUACAAAAACACACACAGUCUAGCCUUGAUCAUCUCGUCUGAGGAAUGAUUGUAAAACAUUGUACAUUUAAAAGCGUUGUAUAUUUUGGGUCCGGGUGGGUGGGAUUGUGACAGUUGAACCUGACAGCGUUUGUGUACAGCCAGAGCUCUGUUUGAAUAGGACGCCCAGAGGACGUCAGAUCCGCAGCCCUUGUCUUCUCCACACACACAAACGCACAAAGCUGGAUCAGAAACCAAACGGUAAGAAAGUAUAUGCAAUCGAGGGAGCAUCUGUUCAAUGUCUCGUCUCCCACUAGAGUCCAGUGGAAAGCUUUUAUUUCAAGUGUCUUAUCAGGUGUAUCCCGUAUUUAUCCUAUACAUGCACUUUCCUCUACACUACGCACACUGAAGUGUGGAAGUUACUGUAGACGCUGUGGCAGAUGUGUUGUAUGUCAGGAGCUGUGAAAGCGGGAGAGGAGAAGGGCUGUGCUGUGAUUUGUGGUCUGUCCUACACAAGGAGGAGGAGCUGCUGUCUUGUCUUUUUUUUUGUUGUUGUUUUUUUGUAAAAAAAUGUAUUUUAAAAACUCCCAACGCUGUAUUAUCUCUAAUAAACACUUAGAGAGGUUGGA